CUAUGCCAGGCAGCUGUUCGCCGGCAUCCCGAGAGGCCCUCAGAUGUCAUAAACAUAUGACAAAGACACCCGGCAUCCAGCGCCCCGCGUCCAGCCUUCCCCGUCCACCGCGGCUGGUCGAAGCUCCUCCGGACCAUGGCCGAAGAACAGUCCUAUUAUGAGGAGAAGAUCUCCAAGGAUAUUCUGACCAAAGAAAUUGACUUGGUGGACCGGGACCCCAAGAGGAUCAACCAGGACGUGGUGAAGGUAGAUUUCGAAGACGUGAUUGCAGAACCGUACGGCGUUCACAGCUUCGAUGGCGUCUGGAAGGCCAGUUACACCACGUUCACCAUCACAAAGUACUGGUGUUACCGGCUGCUCUCGGGUCUGAUUGGCAUACCCCUGUCCAUCUUCUGGGGGGUCCUCUUCGCUCUGAUCUCCUUCUGUCACAUCUGGACGGUGGUGCCCUGUGUCAAGAGCUACCUGAUCGAGAUCCAGUGCGUCAGCAGGACGUUCUCUCUCUGCGUCCGCACCUUCUGCGACCCCAUUUUUGAAGCCUUGGGAAAGAUGUUCAGCGCCAUCAAAGUCACCCUGCAGAAAACGGUGUGACCGCCGCACGAACCGCACCGCGAAAACCAGCGAUCGCGCCAGAUGGAGCGCACGGCAAAAACUGCAAAGAUUCAUGGGACAUUUUCAUUUUAUAGGCUCUUUUUCUAACCAUUUUCCACUAAUUAGCUUUUGUGAAAAAAAAAAUAUGUUCCUUCGCCUUUUCUCUGUAUUUUUGUCUAAUUUGAGUGAAAAUCUAAAAUGAUUCAAUUUGUUUCAUGUAAUUGUUUUUUUAAAGUUUUUCAACUCACCUGUCAGCCUGCUGAUCAGGCACCUCAUCUCUUUUUGGAAAAUAUAAUCCAAUCAAACGGC